CCAAAGCAGACCAACGGUUCAAUUCUAGAACCCUGCCGGACACUCCGUCACUGUCUUGCAAUGUCGCAGACUCACCACGACAAGCUGCUCUCAGACUGCAGUAUGAAACAGGUUUUCGGUAUCGGACUGCUGGAUGAGUCCAAUAAUCUGUCUCAGGUUCAGUCCGCUUUCGAAGGUCUCUGACUCACAUUCUUAGGCUGGUAUUCCUUUGCGAUAUGAAACAAGUGACACUCCUCGAGGUAUAAAAGCAGCGUAGGCCAGCACAUCCAACUUCAAUUCAUCUUCCGUGUUGCACUCCAUCCUCGCUCUCAGCUUUUCGACGUCGCACCAUCACCUCGCACUCUCACCUCACGCCAUCAUCGUCAGAAUGAUCGACUACACGAAGAUCGUUCCUUUCGUCUUCGUGCUUGCCCCUAUCCAAGACGCACGAUCCGUUACUCAUUCUGGUAUGGUCCGUCCAGCAACAUGCAGCCUAUCGGCUUUCACGCACUCUUCUCCUGUUUCCAAUACGCCCUACGCCCUCCUCGAGGAUUCAUCCAGCACAGACGACGCUACGUCAGCGACGAAUCAAGAGGAUCCUACGUCACACACCUCCUCACCUUCAUUCUCGUGUAGUGUUGUCGAGCUUUUCAUCAUACUCGUUGGUCAAAUCGGUUUCCUCGCACAUCAGUUCCUACGAAUCUCCGAUGUUGUCGAUGUUCUCUCCGCCUCAUUCAUGACUCUUGAGCAGACCACUGACUUCGAAAUGACGAAUCUCGGUGCCACAAUGGAGCUCGUCAAGCAAGAUAUCGAUUCAGUCAAAGAGCAGACUCGUUGCCACGAACAGAUCCUAGUCCAUGAUGCUAGGGAACUCAACAGCCUCGUCGCCAAUCAGCAACGCCAAAUCGACGACCUUUGCAAACAACUCCACGAGGAACGCGAACUCUCGAAAGAUAUCAAGAAGAAUCUCGACAAGCUAAAUUCUCGUGUCUCACAGGACGACAAGGAGCUUGAUGUUUUCCACGGGCGUCUCUACGAUCAACUUGCCUAUCAAAUUAAGGAUCAACAAAGAACGGAGCGCGACGUCGCUGGCCUUCGCAAGGAGCUCGAUGCCUUCCACGAACGCCUGCACAGCCAGCUUACCUGUCAAGUGAAGGACCAGCUACGGACGGAGAAAGACGUUGCCGACCUUCGCAAUGAUAUCCCGAGGACACUUUCCAUAUACCACACGAGGAUCUCAGCUCUGGAAUUCGAGUUAUCUAAAGCCAAAUUGUCCGCUUCACCUCAAGACGUUGUUUGUGACUCCAAACCCGUACGAAGUGCUACGUUUGUCGAUGCUAACCCCCUUCCGGAGCGAGUUCUUCUAGACUCUCAACAUCUUCCCAUACCAAUCCCUGCUAGAUUGCUUCGGUCCAUUGAACGUGAAUCAAUUUACAUCCAGCCAUCUGCAUCAGUCGUCUCAAAGGCAGCUGGAGUACCCAAGAAGUCUACCACCCCGAAGACCCCUAUGACAGUUGAUUCCGUGAGACGUCCGGUCACUGUCAAGUCUUCGGUGUCUAGGGUCCUGCCGAGCUCGAAGAUUGCGAUACCUGUUGCGAAGGUAUCAUCCGCGCCUAAAGCAGUUCUCUUGAAGACUCCUGCAUCCACAGACUUAUCCCGUGAUAAUCGUGCCCCCCGAGAGUCCGCGACUCUCAAGAAGAGUGGCAGUGCCACCAGGGCCAAGGUGCAGGAGUCUAGAGUUCCUGUCAAGAAGAGCGGCAGUACCGUCAAGGUCAAUACGAACGCACCUAAACCUCUCAGGAAGAGCAGCAACGUCAACAAGGGUAAGGCGAAGGAACUCGGUCAGUGCUCAUCUUCUUACCCCGCUUGUUUCGUGCUCAUCCAUCCGCUCCUUAGGUAACAACCAGGUGUUGCUUCCGUCCUCGUCUCCAGUCACUCCCGCCACCACAUCGCGUGCCCCGGACUCGUUGUCCCAGCCCGACGACGCAUUACAUGGCGUUGCU